AUGGAGAAGGUUGAACAACAAGAAGAACCACUUACGGUGGACCAAGAAUACGAUUUAUGGAAAAGUAACGUACCUUUAUUAUAUGAUUUUGUCAGCGAGACAAGACUUACUUGGCCAUCAUUGACUUUACAAUGGUUACCAGGUGAUAAGACAUCUACCAGACAGCAUCUGAUUUUAGGUACACUCACUUCUGGUGCAGAGACAGAUUAUUUGAAGAUUGCUGCUCUUGAUUUGCCAGAUGAAAUAAUAAUAGGCAAAAAGUCUGAUAAAGUUGUGAAAUCUAAUCUUAAAGUCGUCAAGAAAUUUGCACAUGAUGGUGAAAUAAAUAGGGCUAGAUACAUGCCUCAGAACACAAACAUAAUUGCGACUGUAAAUGGUGAAGGUACUAUUUUUAUUUAUGAUUGUUCUAGAGACAAACAAUCUGCUUUACUCUCUACAUUGAAAUAUCAUAAGGAUAAUGCUUAUGGUCUUGCAUUCAACCCUAAUGCAGAGGGUGAACUAAUUAGUGGCUCUGACGAUAGCACAAUAGCUUUAUGGGACGCAACCAAUGAUAAACUUAAGCAACCAAUCCAAGAAUGGACUACAUCACAUUCAGAUAUAGUAAACGAUUGUCAAUGGCAUUGCUUUAACACUAAUAUGUUUGGUUCAGUAUCUGAAGAUUCUACAUUACAAUUAUUUGACAAGAGGAAUGGUGGGAAAUCAGAUGUUAAAAUCUCAUCUAAAGGCCAAUAUAACUCAAUUGCAUUCAGUGGGUUUUCUGAAAAUUUAUUUGCAGCAGCUGGUACUACUAAUAAUAUAUACUUAUAUGAUAUUAGAAAUACAGGUAAAAUUUUACAUUCUAUGACCGGCCAUGAAGAACCUGUAACAAGUUUGGAAUUUUCAAACGAUAAAGAUGGUAUUCUGAUAUCCGGUAGUUCAGAUAGACGUGUUAUUAUGUGGGAUUUAUUUGAAAUUGGUGCAGAGCAGCAACCAGAUGAGGCGGAUGAUGGUUUACCGGAGGUUAUGAUGAUUCAUGCAGGCUCCAGAAGUGCUAUUAAUGAUAUUUCAACACAUCCUUCUAUCCCAUGGCUGAAUGCAUCUGUUGAAGAGAACAAUAUCGUUCAGGUCUGGAAAUGCUCUAGUAAGCUUCCUAGGAUUAGUGGAACUCCGGAGGUUUCUAUCUCUGAUUUAGAAUAA